UAUCCGAAAUGUUACCGAAUAAAGAUCUCGUUGUGCGUUUCGUUCUUCUGUGGAUCUUCAUAAGUGACGCAAAAUGCCAGAGUCUCGAGAAAAUGUCGAAGACAUUGGACGAAAUGCUCGCCGAUACAAGAUCAUUUCGGCGGCCACGGGAUUACGAAGAUACAUCGUUAGUUUGGCAGGAGUAUGAAUUUGGCACCGGAGCUGGAAAUCGAGAAGAGGUUGUCGUGACCAAUAUUUCAACCCAUGAUUUCCUUAAUAUGCCCAAUGCCGCUAAUCAGCAAUUUUUGCAAACAAAGGCUGCGUACUAUUUUAUUUACACAGAAAAUUGGAACCUGCAUAUCUACGAGAUUCAUUGGGAUGAUUUAGGAAUGAUAAAGUUCCAAUUUGUCACGAGUAUAAUGGCCACGGGACGCAUAUUACAAUUUAAAGUUCUCGAGUUGAGCGCCGAGGAAAUGGGGAACGACAAUGGCAUACGAAAUCUAUUGGCAGUUAUAGUUAUUGAAAACCACUACAACAAGGCUCUGCACUGGUAUAGAAUAUUUGGGAAUACGCAUUUAUUAUAUCUAAAGUGGCAUGGAGUAAGGCGCUUUCAGGACAUGGAAUUCAUCCAAAGAGAGAGUCAACAUAUGAUAUUGUUACUCGAUGAUAUUGUUACUUCGGAUUCGACAAAAUCGUGGAUCGAUAUUUACUUCUUCAAAGUGGACCCUGAUAGGCACAGCAUUGAUAUAUGGUUUUGCGAGAAUCUGCAAGUUCCAAAGAUAGUUGACAUCCAAGUCUGCCCAAUUUACGGGAGCAUCAUAUUGGGUCUUCAUCAACAAUAUGGCCAUAUCGACGUGUACAAAUUUGAGGACGGACCUAGGUUGUGUCAUCUCGAGAAGCACGAUACUAUCAACAAUCUCAAUCCCAACAAUCUCACGAACUUCGUCUGCUUCGGGAGCGGUUACAUCGAGUAUUUGGCGAUCAGCGGGCGGCAACCACGUUUGCUUCAUAGUUUCGAGAACGAGUUUCAGAUCAAUACUGAUCUGCGCCUGGAAGUCGCUCACGAAAUUUCCUGGAUCACCGCCCUGCCGUUGGACACGUAUCGGGACGAGUCACUGCUGCUGAUGCAGUUGACGAAUCAGACGGUGGUCGCAUUGACUUGGCAAGGUUCGAGAUUCAAGCCAAUCCCGUUACCCAAUCAAAUCCUGAACAACUUCGAUCUGUCGAAAGUUAUCAUAAUCCCGAAAAUCGGAUUUCUGUAUAAUGACGUGUACGUGCGUAUAGAAACGACUUUGAAGGGAUCGGCGCAUCCUAUACACGAAAAGACGGAGAGCAUGUUGAAGACGCAGGCUUUGUUGGAGGAAGUCUUCCAAAAGCAGGAAGCCAUUUUCGACGAGACCGAAGCGCGACUGAAUCAGAGCCAUUUAAUCCCCACGACGACAGGCUCCUGGAAUCUUUCAGAGGUGAUCGUUUCGAACGCCACGUUCGACAAGGAUGUGGAUUACGGCCGUGUCAGGAUAGGUUCGGUCGAUCUGGGCGUGGAAGACAUCACGGCGAAUGUGACGUUAAGCUUGGAGAAAUUGAAGGAACUCGAAGCGAAGCUUGAUCGAGUCUUACCGAGUGUGUCGGACGCGUCGAACAUCACCUUACCACCGGAUGUCGAGUUGAUCGGAGAUUUUCUAGUGAAUGGCACCCUCUAUGCGAAGAAAGUCACCGCUGCUGCGAUGAACGACGCGGCGGCGUCGAUCACACUCGCGGACGACAUCGUGAACAGCGCCGGCGAUAUCGUCAUCCACGGCCGGAAGGCCUUCCCAUCCAUCGACAUCGAUCCAUCGAAUUUCACGGUGUUCUCUUUGAACGGCGUCCCCCUGGAAAAGAUCAUGUUUGAUGCUUCUCUAAGGGAUUACAAGGAUGUGGACUUUAAGAUGUUGAAGCGAUUGGAGAUUCAUGGUCACCUGAACUUCUCCGAGAUAAAUAACAUUAAUUGGCAGGAUCUGAUGCAGAGCAUAGUGUGGAAAGACAGGCGGACGGUCAUUUUGGGAGAGACAACUGUGGAUGAGAUUGUCGCUGAGGACAAGAGCAGCGUUGUAAAUUUGAAUCAUUUGCCAUAUCCACGAGAUUACGUCGUAGAAGAUUUUAUUAAUAACAGAUUUGAAACUAACGUUACGGGUGCAAAAUACUUCGACAAUCUGUCUGUAAAAGAUUUGGUGAACGUCAGCACGAUAAAUGACAUCGACAUCUCGGACUUCAUCAUACUUAGCAGACAUGAAGUCGUUAAUGAAGGAAUCACUUUUGAGGAUUUAGAAGUCGACGGAACUUUUUUGCUUGACGGAAAUAUAACAGGCAUCGAUUUAAACAGGAUAGAAGGUUUGCUUAACGAAACCAAUAACAUAUCUUCGAAUGUAAUUUUCGAAAAUCUUAAUGUUACGGGAAACAUUGUAUUCGAAGAUUCGAUUAAUACCAAGACAUGGUCAGACUUUGAUGAUAUUUUGCUGAAAAGUGAGAAAAGUGCGGUAAUUACUGGAAACAAAGAGUUCUUGAAUAAUGUUAAUAUAAAAUCUAACAUAACGAUCAAAUUUGAAGAAAUCAAUGGUCACGCGAUCUCGGAAUUUGUGACAUUAAACAGUGAUCAACAGUUUCCUCACUUGAAGAAGAUAUCAGCAAACGUCACUUUCGGCAAUGUAACUCUUGGCGCCAUGCAAAAAUUAAAGGAUUACAUAACUCGCGAAAACUCUGCUGCCUCCAAUUGCCUUAACACGAUUGUGGUACUCAACAGUAGUAUCCCGCCUCUUGUCGACAACUUGUACUUCAAUACGCUAACGCACAACAUUUCGCGGGCUGCCUUCCUCGAAAAACUGAAUCAAUUCCUCGAAAAUGUAUAUUGCGAGAAUUUGUCACUCGCGGAAUUAAGGGCCGAUGAGAUCUUGCCCAGUGUGGUCAACGGGAUCAAUUACACCGAUCUGGUCCAACGCACGUUGACGAAAUCCACGAAGCAGACUCUGACGGGCGACUUGAUAGUCGACAAUUUGGAAACUGAAGUCUUGGACGCGGAAAUGAUGAAUGAGAUGCCGUUGGACGACUUGCAUCGAAUAUUGAUGCGUACGAUGUCGUUUCACGACAACGCUUCCGACGUGGAUUCGCCAAUCGAGAUAGGAUCGUUACGAGUGUUGGGAAGGAUCAGUGCCUCUUUGAUCAACGACAUUUACGUCCAUGACAUUUACGAGGACAGCAUGGGGACCGUGAUUUUCCGUGGAGAUGUGUCGAUCGAGGAUCUCACGGUGGCUGGCUUCGUGAACGGUUUAAAUCUGUCGCAAAUCGCCGACGACGCCGUUCGAAAAACCGACAGAAAUGUCACGUUUGCAGGACACAAAGUAUUUGAAAACUUCACGUGCGAAUAUCUAGACGCGCGAUUUGUAAACGACCAUUUUGUGGGUGAUAUUCUGAAUGCCGAUCAGGAGCAGACGUUGAAAGGACCAGUUACUGUGACCGGUUCUGUAACCGUUUUGAGAGAGUUCAAUACAACUGGCAGGAUCGGUAAUUUAUUCUUACAUGACUUUACAAACAGAUUCCGAUCACUUGGAAAUAACUCUUACAUUCUUCACGGUGACUUUUACUUCACUGAGAACACCUCCAUUGGAAAUCUAGACGUGAAUGGAUCGAUACAACAAUCGAUGUUCGAGGAUUACCUGAAAACGACGAUCUCCAAUAAUGAUGCGAAUAUUACGAUAUUCGGAAGGAAAUUAUUUAAUAAUUCGGUUACGUUUAAUCGUGCAUUUAUCAUCGAUGGCAGUUUGAACGAUAUAGACCUGCACAGGUUUCACGAGAGCGCUAUUUACAUCGACAAACCUCUUUCGAUCAAUUCCCACGUCGUUUUCAAGGAAGAUGUUCAUGUGCACAAGGAUAUUGUAGUAAAAACGAAAUUACAAUCAAACACUAUUUGGGGAGUUGACAUGAAACAGCUGCAAGAAUCUGUUAUCGCUCUUGAUGAAGUUAGAUAUUUUCCAGCGCGGAUGACACUCGACAACGUGACUUUCCGGGAAAGCGUAGAAGUCGAACAAGUCAAUGACUUGCAAAUGGAUCUGCUGAUUACGUUGCACACGAAGCAGUUUAUACCAGUUGACAGGCUACGUUGUACUAAUAUUACCACUAGGAAUCUCCAAAUUUCGAGACGAAUUAAUACUUAUACCUUGGACGACAUUUAUGGAAACACUUUUAUGAUAUAUGGCAACCAGAAUAUUACGGGAAACAUGACAAUUCACGAAAAUGUCUACGCGCAGCACGAUUUCAACGCUCAUCUCAUCAACAACUUUAAUCCUAAGCACAUCAUUUCUUUGAUCAGCAACGAUACUCUAACUGGAAACUUUAUAUUCAAAAGUCCAGUAGUCCUUGAUAAAAGCCUCAGGAUUCUGGGUUCUCUAAACGGGGUAGAUCCGAUUACUUGGCACGGGACGGCAGUGAAGAGAACCGGCGAAACAAAACAGAUUAUAUCCGGGAAAUGGAGAGUGCACGGAAACGUCCAUUUCGAAGGGGAUAUUAGCGGAAAUGAGCUUCUAAAUGGAGUUAACGUCAUGGAGGUGUCAGCCGCUCUUGCAAAAGAACGUGCAACUAUAAACGACAUCAUCGUAGAAACAUAUGGGAAUUUGACCGAUGUGUGCACGUCGUAUUUAGAACCGCUUAUGUGCGAUGCGGCGCAUCAGAUAUACAAAUUCGAUAAGUUCGAUUAUUUGAAAGUGCUGAAUUUCGAGGGCGACGUUCACGAUAUUCGAAAAGUCGAAUUGGACAAUUUGGAUUACGUGUUGGUGAAUUACGACACUUGCCGCGUGAAGCUUCUGCUGUACACUGAAGCUGGCUUCGAAGAGGUUGAUGAAGUAUCCGAUUUUGGAUUAAUUGAUCAAUGGAUCUUUUUCAACUCUAAUAAUUCUUUGUAUUUGCUCACCAUUGCCAAUCACACCUGCAGCAACAGCCUAAGUGACAUAUGGAAGUUGGAGAAUAAUAAAUUGACGCACGUAUUAGAAAUUGUCAACAUCUCCGGUUUUACCAGUUCACAUCAAGACGCGUUUGUUAGGAUGAUACGCAGGGAUCUCGAAAACGCUUCCGAAAACGUGCAGUUUGACAUAUUGGAGGCUCUCGUCUCGUACGAGAAUAAGACAUUGAAUUUAAUAUCAGAUAAUAAAGCAGUUGCUAUUGAAUCUUUAAUCUACGAAAUGCAAGGAAGGUCACAUCAUAUAUAUCAGAAAGAUUGUAUUGCUUGUGCUGCUCAAUUGGUCUUUAAAGUAGGUAUUUAUGGCAGAGAAGAGUACCUUUACUACAAUGAAAACAUCAGCCAAGAAUACAUAUACUUGUACAAAACACAAAACAAUGACAGCUCGCAUGCGAAGAUCUUGCAAACCAUAAAAACAUGUCGGCCGAAAUCAUUUUUAGUUCUUAAUUUCAAUGGAUUAAUAGAGACGCUGCUUAUCAUCGCGGAAAACAACGACACCAUCCAAAUUUACGAAUAUCGAGGUAUCGAGGGCUUCGUGCAUAAGGAUAGCAUCAAAAUGAAAAUCGAUAAGUUGUACAACUUUAAAAUAAGGAAGUACACUAAUCUCGACGAAAGACACUGCCUGGCUGUAAUUCACGAAAAUCGACUAACAAUUUUGGAAGCAAAAAUGCAUGGCGAGAAGUUGGACUUGGAAACGAACACCUCAAAAUUCUGUAAUCCGAUGUGCAAAACGUUAAAAUGAAAGGAAUACGUCACACGUGUGUAAUAUAUGAUACUUUACGCAUUCCUAAUCGUAGGAAUUUAUUUAAAAUUGAUAUAAAGUGAUGCACAAUAGCACAAGCUAAUAUAUAUAAAUUAAGUUUUUGUUGUUGUAAUUGCAUAAUGAUCGUUCUGUUAUAUUUAUAAUUAUCUUACAUAUACAAUAUAUAUGAUAUUAUUAUCCGCAAAUUGUAUAAUUCAAUGGUUUCGCGAAACUCCAAAUUAAUAUAUAAGGAAAGUAAAAUGGUUUUAAUUAUUAAUAUGUGGCAUGUUGUAAACUUUAAUAUAUCCACUCUCAAAAUUAUAAAAGAGAUUUAAAAAAUA